AUGCUGUUGAUGGUUCACCAUCGAUGGGCUAUUGCCUCCGCUUUUCUACCUCGACUUUGCAUGUCAGGAUUCACGUUCGCGCAGCCCUUCCUCCUCACGCGCGUGGUAAGCUUUGUCUCCGAGGCGAGUGAUCCUGUCAGCCGGAACUAUGGAUACGGGCUUAUUGUCGCCGCCAUGUUGAUCUACUUGGGGCUGGCUAUCACAACUGCUAAGAGUCAGCACAAGACAUUCCGUCUGAUUACUAUGAUUCGUGGUAGCAUCGUGCCACUGGUAUACCGAUACACCAUGCGCUUGGAUGCCGGUGUGGCACGGGACUCGGCUGCAUUGACUCUCAUGAGUGUGGAUGUCGAGCGUAUUAGCUCUGGUCUCCAGUAUGUUCACGAGGUUUGGGCCAGUCCAAUCGAUAUUGGCCUAGCCCUCUGGUUGCUAGAGCGACAGUUGGGUCUUGCCGUCGUCGCAUUUGCUUCUGUCUUCUUGUUUUGCACCCUUCUUGGUCUUGGGGUGGCUAGCACCAUGGGUGGUCGACAGCAAAGGUGGCUUCAAGCCAUUCAAAAUCGAGUGCAAGCUACAUCAGAAAUGCUCAAAAGCAUGAAAGAGGUGAGACUAGGUGGUUUGCAGAAUCUGAUGGCCGACAAGCUCCGCGGACUGCGAACAGUAGAGAUUUCAGAGUCGACGCCGUUCAAACGAGCCUUAACAUUGAUCGUUACUUUGUCUUAUACUACAACAUCCACGGGCCCGCUGCUCGCGUUUACAAUGUACAGUCUCUUGGCAAAACGAAAUGGCUCCACCAUGCUCAACUAUGACAAGGCCUAUACCGCGCUAUCGCUCUUUGCACUCCUGCAAGCGCCUAUGGCUUUGAUCUUGGAUGCUAUUGCGGGACUAGUCUCUGCAUUGGGGGCAUUAGCUCGCAUAAGCGAGUACUUGUCGAAACCCACGGGCAAGUUUGGCGAGAAGGGCAAAUUUGACCACUCUCAAGUCUCUGGUGUUCUUGAGUAUCCCGUCUUCGAUGAAAAGAAAUCUCCUGUUAUGGUAGUGGCAGAGCAAUACAGCGCUGGGUGGGAUCCUGAAGGCUCAAUGGUGAUCAAGGAUCUCAGCUUCGAGAUCCGACCAUCAAGUAUCAACUUUGUAGUUGGGCCAGUUGCGUGUGGUAAGACAACUUUGUUACUAGCCAUACUCGGUGAAGUCAACCACCAUGAAGGCCGCCUGGAAGUGGCAGUGCCUCGAGUGGGAUACUGCAGUCAAACUCCGUGGAUAACUAAUGGUACAAUUCAGCGAAACAUCCUCGGCACUACAAUGUAUGAUCAAACAUGGUAUGACAAGGUUGUGGAGAUGUGUCUCCUAAAGGAUGACAUUUCCAGCUUCCCUCGUGGACAUCAAGAAUGGGUUGGAAACAGUGGUAUGACUUUGAGCGGGGGUCAGAAAUCGCGACUGGCCAUUGCACGAGCUGUGUACGCCAAAGAAAAGAUUCUUCUUCUCGACGAUGUCUUCAGUGGUCUCGACGGGAACACAGAAGAAAGCUUGUUCCACAACCUGUUCGGUCCAGAUGGGCUUCUGAAGGAGUCAGAGGUCACCGUGAUACUUGCUACUCAUGCAGUGCAACGUCUUGUCUAUGCAGACAAUGUUAUCAUCCUGGACUCGGAAGGUCACAUUGCGGAUGAGGGUACUACAAACGAAGUGAUUGCAACCGCUAAAGAAGUGAUUUUCAGCCCAUCGAAAGUCGCAAAAAUUGGUGAACCUUCCGAUAAGGCAGAGGAAGAGCUUACAAGGAUUCUCUCGACCGAAGAAGCGCCCACAGGGGAAGACCGUCGUACUGGGGAUACAGCAGUUUACAAAUACUAUAUACAGACGGUUCAUCCCCUCAGCACAGCGAUAUUUUUCGUUGCGUGCUCUGUUUUUGUCGUGGGACUAACCUUGCCGCGUGAGCACCUUACCGAACGUAUGUUGCCACGAGCGUCGAUUAAAUUCCAUGCGUCUCUCCUCACCACCAUUAUUCAUGCUCCAUUGCAGUUUUUCUCAACGACUGAUGUCGGUACUACCCUAAAUCGUUUUGCUCAAGACCUUCAAUUGUCCGACAUGGAAUUGCCGCUUGCCCUGUUCAACACUUCAGUGGAGUUGUUGCUCUGCACAGCACAGUUGAUAAUCAUUGCGAUUUCCUCAAAGUGGAUUGGCAUCGCUCUACCAGCACUCAUGGCGGUCUUUUACUUGAUCCAGAAAUUCUACUUGCGAACCGCCCGACAGCUUCGUCUUCUUGAUAUUGAAGCUAAAGCACCUUUGUUUUCCACAUUUUUGGAGCUGAUUGCUGGUCUUACUACCAUCCGAGCUUUUGGUUGGCAGACUGAAUUCGACAAUCGCAACCGUGAAGUGUUUGAUCGAUCCCAAAAGCCAUUCUACUUGCUCUAUUGUGUGCAACGCUGGCUAAACCUAGUUCUGGAUUUGGUGGUCGCAGCCGUGGCUAUCAUGGUCGUGACCAUCGGUGUUCAAACUCAAGGAGAGGUUGAUGCAGGAUUUAUGGGAAUCGCCUUGGUGAACAUUGUGCAACUAAGUAUAAGCAUCAAAGCUUUCCUUUCAAAUUGGACUCAGCUAGAGAUAUCAAUCGGUGCCGUGUCUCGCAUUCGGGCAUUUGUUUUGGAUGCACCUUCAUCCGAUUACAAUGAGACUGAGAGUGCUCUUCCCUCAGAAUGGCCCGAGAGAGGGCAGAUUGAAUUUCGAAACGUUACUGCCCAGUAUGAAGGCUCCCCCCAGCCGGUCAUUCGAGAUCUCAAUCUGUCGAUUGCACCGGGGGAGAAAAUUGCCCUCUGUGGACCAAGUGGAAGUGGCAAAUCAUCCAUCGCUUCCAGUCUGUUCCGUCUUCUCACUCCAAGUGAGGGCACUAUUACGAUCGAUGAUGUCGACAUCUCUACAAUCGCUCGCGACACACUUUACAGUCGGCUAAUCUGCGUGACACAAUCACCUCAUUUAAUCUCCGGUUCGAUUCGAGAAAAUGUUGACCCCUUCAAUGCAACAAGGGAUGACCCAACAAUCGAGCAGGCGCUAAAGGAGGUGCAUCUUUGGGACACGGUAGCCUCAAGGGGGGGAAUUCAUGCUCAACUUUCGGAAGGCAUGCUGAGUGUUGGACAACAGCAGCUACUAUGUCUAGCCCGUGCCAUGAUUCGUACCGGCUCAGUGGUUGUGUUGGACGAAGUCACAGCCAGUGUGGAUCAGGAGACUGACCGCCUGAUGCAAGAAAUUAUUCGCCGUCACUUUGCAUCACGUACAGUGAUUACAAUUGCGCAUCGCAUUUCCACCAUCCUCGAUGCGGACCGAGUCGCCGUGGUCUCGGAUGGGCUCAUUGUCGAGCUGGGCCCUCCAGCGGAACUCUUGGCUCGUGAGCCUCGCAGUCUGUUCCGUGGCCUUUUUGAGGCAACCACAGCCUCCAAUCUAUCCUGUGAAACACUGCUAGAGGUGCAGUAG